GCGUCGAAGAAGAGCACUUCCGUUUUCCUUUCGGCUCCCCGCCCCGCUCCGCCAUCAUGAAGUCCUGAACAAAAAAACGGACGAGAGUCGAGUAAAAAUGGGGGAUAACACGAACUGGAGAUGAAAUACGCCGACAACACUAACGUAAUGACAGCGCAAAGUGGAGCACGGAGCGGACCAGUUGAAAUUAAUGAAUCAAGUCCCCACUGAAAACGUCGCAGGCAGCUCCUGGCGUGACGUUAUUUAGUUAGCGGUGUUGCUAACAGCAGCUAAAGCCAGCCUGUGGGUUUCUGUGGGAGACUCUCUCUCUCUCUGCUGGCUGGCAGGCGGCAGUCAGCUAGCUGUCACUUUAAUUGACUGGCACUUUUACUCGUGUCAUGUCGUGCAGACGUGCUAGCUGUCCAUACUAACUGGGAGCGUAAGGAUGGAGAGGAGUCCGAGUAAAACCAUCGACAGACAGAAUGUGGUUUAUUCGUGUUGAAUAGACACCAGAGCCGAGGAAAGAGGAGUGAGACCAAUAAUUUCCAGCCAGGCCAGUCAGCUAGCUCUACAGCUAGCUACAGUGGAUCCCAAAAGCCACGGCGCUGGCCAUGCCGUCGAGUGUGCGGGCCGGGAGCCUGAAGGACCCGGAGGUGGCUGAGCUGUUCUGCAGGGAGGAUCCUGAGAAGCUCUUCACAGACCUGAGGGAGAUUGGACAUGGGAGCUUCGGAGCAGUCUACUUUGCUCACGACAUCCGCACCAAUGAGGUGGUGGCCAUCAAGAAGAUGUCCUAUAGUGGCAAACAGUCCAAUGAGAAAUGGCAGGAUAUCAUCAAGGAAGUGAAGUUCCUCCAGAAACUGCGCCACCCCAACACUGUGGAGUACCGCGGCUGCUACCUGAGAGAGCACACAGCAUGGCUGGUGAUGGAGUACUGCUUGGGCUCAGCUUCUGACCUUUUAGAAGUCCACAAGAAACCCCUCCAGGAAGUGGAAAUAGCUGCCAUAACCCAUGGUGCAUUGCAGGGACUGGUGUAUCUUCACUCUCACAACAUGAUUCAUAGGGAUGUGAAGGCAGGAAACAUCUUGCUAACAGAGCCAGGCCAGGUCAAACUGGGAGACUUUGGCUCUGCCUCCAUUGUUGCACCAGCCAACUCCUUCGUGGGAACGCCUUACUGGAUGGCCCCCGAGGUGAUCCUGGCCAUGGACGAGGGUCAGUACGACGGGAAGGUGGAUGUGUGGUCACUUGGCAUUACCUGCAUAGAGCUGGCGGAAAGGAAGCCUCCUCUGUUCAACAUGAAUGCUAUGAGUGCCUUAUACCACAUCGCCCAGAAUGAGAGCCCUGUGUUGCAGUCUAAUCACUGGUCGGAUUAUUUCCGCAAUUUUGUGGACUCCUGUUUGCAGAAGAUCGCCCAGGACAGACCUACCUCUGAUGUGCUGCUCAAGCACCAUUUCCUAUGCAGAGAGCGUCCCAUGACAGUUGUGAUGGACCUCAUUGCACGCACCAAGGACGCUGUCCGCGAGCUGGAUAACCUUCAGUAUCGGAAAAUGAAGAAAAUUCUCUUCCAUGAGGCCCACAAUGGUCCCGCUCCAGAAGGAGGUGAUGAGGAAGAGGAUGUGGAGCAGUAUAUGUUGCGAACAGGCACAGUCAACAGCAUGGAAAGCUCCCAUUCUCUGCCAUCCAUGUCAAUCAGCGCCAGCUCCCAGAGCAGCUCGGUCAACAGCCUGGCAGACGGCUCAGAUGACAGCGGGGAGAUGGCCAUGAUGCAGGAGGGAGAGCACACCGUCACCUCUAACAGCUCUGUCCUACACAAGCCCCUGAGCCAUGACAAUAUCUAUGAUGACCCCUAUCAGCCAGAGAUUGACUCACAACGAGAAGCUUCAUCUGCUGGAGGCGGUGGUGGUGGAGGGGGUAGGCGUCGUCGAGGCCGAGACCACUUUGCCACCAUCAGGACAGCCUCACUUGUCACUCGUCAGAUCCAGGAACAUGAGCAGGGCUCAGCCCUGAGAGAGCAGAUGUCUGGGUACAAGCGCAUGCGGCGACAGCACCAGAAGCAGCUGAUGGGUUUGGAGAACAAGCUGAAGUCAGAGAUGGACGAGCACCAGCUGAGACUGGACAAAGAGCUGGAGAAUCAGAGGAACAGCUUCUCUAUGGAGGGAGAAAAGCUCAAUAAGAAGCAUCAGGUUAUCCUGGAGAAGGAGACUAAAGGAGUCAUGACUGAGGAGAAGAAGUUCCAGCAGCACAUACUGGCCCAGCAAAAGAAGGAGUUGACCAGUCUGCUGGAGUCCCAGAAACGACAGUAUCGACAGCGCAAGGAGCAGCUCAAAGAGGAACUGAACGAGAACCAGUCAACGCCAAAGCGGGAGAAACAGGAGUGGUUGGUGCACCAGAAGGAGUGUCUGCAGCAGCUGCAAGCAGAGGAAGAGUCAGGCCUGCUGCGGAGGCAGAGGCAGUAUUAUGAGCUGCAGUGUCGCCAGUACAAGAGGAAGAUGUUGCUGGCACGCCACAACCUGGAGCAGGAUCUGCUCCGAGAGGAACUGAACAAGAAGCAGACUCUGAAGGACUUGGAGUGUGCCAUGCUGCUGCGCCACCACGAGUCCACUCAGGAACUGGAGUUCCGCCAGCUAGGUUUGGUGCAGCAUACGCGGGCUGAGCUGAUCCGCACGCAACACCAGACAGAGCUCACCAACCAGAUGGAGUAUAACAAGAGGCGUGAGCAGGAGCUGCGUCAGAAACAUGCCAUGGAGGUCCGCCAACAGCCCAAGAGCCUCAAAUCCAAAGAGCUACAGAUUAAGCGUCAGUUCCAGGACACCUGUAAGAUCCAAACCCGUCAGUACAAGGCCCUGCGCAACCACCUGCUGGAGAACACGCCCAAGUCGGACCACAAGGCCGUGCUGAAGCGGCUGAAGGAUGAGCAGACUCGUAAGCUGGCCAUCCUGGCCGAGCAGUAUGACCACUCCAUCAAUGAUAUGCUGUCCACACAGGCUCUGCGGUUGGAUGAGACCCAGGAAGCGGAAUACAAGGUGUUGCGGAUGCAGCUGCAGCAGGAGCUGGAGCUGCUCAACGCCUACCAGAGCAAGAUCAAGAUCCACACCGACACGCAGCACGAGAGAGAGGUCAAAGACCUGGAACAAAGGGUGUCCAUCCGCCGCGCCCUGCUGGAGCAGAGGAUCGAAGAGGAGAUGCUGUCCCUGCAGAAUGAACGCUCAGAACGCAUCCGCACCCUCCUGGAGCGGCAGGCCAGUGAGAUCGAGGCCUUUGACUCGGAGAGCCUGCGUCUGGGCUUCAGCAACAUGGCGCUGACAGGCAUCCCUAGUGAGGCCUACUCUAAGCAGGGCUACUCCAAUGCCCCACCCUCCAGUUCCCGCUCUGCCGGCCACUGGAGCCACGGCAUGCACCCGCAGAACGCCCCGUCGCAGCAGCACUCCCGCCGCAGCCACAACAGCAGCAGCAGCGGCAUCAGUAGCGGCAGCGGAGCAGGGGAGCGCAGGAGUGACUCCUCUUCCUCCCACGCCCUGGGAAUGGCCCUGGGGCUUGGGCGGGAUGGGAGGGAGAUGCACCACUCGUCCCGCUCCUCUGCCUCCUCUUCCUCCUCCUCCUCCUCCUCAUCUUCUUCCCACCACCAACGCCACCACCUGCCCCACAACUACCACCACCAGAGCACGCCGCAGCUCUACCGCGAGCGGGAGAGGGAUAGGGAUCGGGAGCGGGAGAAGGAGAGGGAGCGGGAGUGGGCUGGAGUGCGAGGCUCCGGCGGCGACCUGGCCCACCCACACCCCCUGCCCUUCUCCCAUCACCUGCCCUCACGCUCCUCCUCUCAGUCCCUGGCCAUGCUACCUCCCCCGCCCCCUGCCCCUCCUUCCAUCUCCGGCCCGUCCUCCUCUUCCUCCUCCUCCUCCUCUUCGCAGGGGGGGAUAUACGGUGGAGGCGGGCUGGGUGUGCGCGGUGCCCCCAGCCUGAUGGCCCUGAGAAACAGCCCCCAGCCUCUGAGGAGGACGGCGUCUGGCGGGGGGCCCGGAGGGGCCGGAGGCAGCGACGGCGUCUUGAGCCGAAGCACCUCAGUCACUUCUCACAUUUCUAACGGCUCCCACCUCUCCUACUCUUAGACAGCAGGAGGAAGAGAGCGGAUGUGGUGGUAACAGGAAGGGUGGGAGUGAUUUAGGAAGGUAGCUAUCACAGGUUGCAUCUCAAUACUCUCAGCUUGCCGCCUUGCCUUGUAUCCUUUCUCGGACUGAUGCUAAUCUCAACUUUCAGAGUAGCUGAAAUGCAGAGGAUUUAGGGAUAUCACCCUUUCCUCUUUAUGCACAGAAAGUCAAAGAUAUCAGUCGACAUCAGAGGCAAAGAGAGGACAAACUGACACAUUAUUGAGUUGCAUCCUGCUUCUUUAGACUCAGGGUGGGUAGAGAGGUUUUCUCCCAUUCUCACAGGUAUAAAAGAGGAGGGAGGAAUGUAACCACCUGUAAUACCACUGGAUUAAGGUGAGCUUAGAUUUAAAAAAAGGAGGAGAUUUGUGUUUAAUGUUUUUAUCUUUGUUACCGCCUGUAUAAAAGUGAGAUAGGAAGCGUGAAAGGAAGGGAUAUUUAGCCUUUUUUCCCUCCGGCAGCCAUGUCUUCUUCUAUGAUGUUCUGUGCUGGAAUGGAGAAAGAGAGAGGACAGGGGGAGGAAAAAAGGGAAAUUACGUUUUUUUUGCAUUGUGUACGUACUUGUAUGUAGUCUGUAGUGUCCAGAUAUAUCUAGCAAGCACUUGUAACUCGGGUUUCAGAAAGGGAAAAGGGGGGGGAGAAUCACAAAAGAUGGUUUGC